AAAGAUAAGCGGACGAAGCGCGCUUUACGUUUUGGUUCUCCUCGCACUCAUUCCCUUCCUUUUUGGCAUGAGUUAUGCAAUGGAACCGCCAGCAAUGAGUACUUUUUUAUCAGACAACGAAACAGUUGGGGAAUCCACUAACCUCUUGCAUCUCGAAGGUCAUAGUUGGAGCCAGCUGCAAGAUGGGACUAUUGAGAUAACCGACCGAUUGCCUAAGAAAGAAUACUACAUGAGUCUUCGGAGGUUCAAUAGCACUGGUCCUAAUUCUGGAACUGCACACAGGUUGGGAAGUAUUUCCAGUGGUUCAGCUGUUGUAUUAGCCAAUGGAUCAUCUAGUUUACUAGGCGGUAACUCACCCUUACCACGCCCAGUUGGCGGUACUCUACGUGGAUCGUCACACCCAUCGGUUGUUGAUUUUAAACCUUCUGGUAAAAUAGUAGAUUGUACGGUUGUAAUGCUGGAUGGUACAACAAGAGAGUUUCGUUUAGAUAAAGCUGCCUAUGGACAACAAUUAUUCGAUGCUGUUUGUACACAUCUUGGUUUAUUAGAGGUUGAAUUCUUUGGCAUCACAUAUUACGAUUCAACCAAUAAUUGGUUCUGGCUCCAAAUUGAUCAGAAAAUUGCAAAACAAAUCGGUAAAAAUGAAUGGCAGUUUGAAUUUCAAGUUAAAUUCUAUCCAUGUGAUAUCGACUCAAUCAAAGAAGAUAUAACACGUUACUAUCUUUGUUUACAAGUACGGCAGGAUAUAGUUAGUGGACAGCUUCCAUGUUCAUUUGUAACUUAUUGCAUUCUUGGGUCGUAUAUAGUUCAAUCAGAAGCUGGCGACCAUGAUCCCUCUCAACAUAUUGGUAUAAAAUAUAUACAAGAUCAUCCAUUCGCUCCUCAUAUGCUUCAAACACCUGAAAUGUUAGGACGAAUUGUUGAACUACACAAACUUCAUCGUGGUAAAACACCUGAAGAGGCUGAUCGAUUAUUUUUAAAUAAUGCUCGUAAAUUGGCCUUGUACGGUGUUGACUUGCAUAAAGUUAAGACGUCCCAAGGUCAAGAUAUUACUUUAGGUGUUUAUUAUGGAGGUAUCCUGCUAUACCGUAAUCGUAUUCGUUUAAUGCGAAUUAGUUGGCCACGUAUUAUAAGCCUAUCACAUCGUGGACGUAGUUUUAUAAUUUCACGAAGACCUGGUGAUGAUUCAUUAGAUCGUAAUAUGACUUUUAAAUGUAUUAGUCCUACACUGGCUAAACGAUUGUAUAAUGUUUGUGUGGAUCAUCAUAAUUUUUUCAGACUUCGUGGGUCGUCUAGACCGAAAAAACCAAGUUUAUUCCCUUCGUUCGCUACUCGUAAAUAUCAUUAUCCUGGCACAACUGUGAAUUCAUCGUCGGUUGACGCUACUGUCGGUGUCGGUGGACAUAACCAGACAUCUCGUCCUUUAUCUAAAUUUCGUCCAAUGCCUGCCCAUCCUUCAGAGACUGGAUGGUUUACAUUUGCUUACCGCGGUGAAAUGGAUCAUAUGAAUGGUGCAGUCGCCAGUCAAUAUCAGUAUCAACCAGCUAUGGUAAGUGGUGAUCCAGCCUGUAUGGAUCCCACUUAUUUCUGUAAUCAAAAUGUAAUCAAUGGACUGCCCAUACCAAAUGCUCAAGGUGUUCAACGCUAUUACCAACCAAGUAGUAAUGAUGUUACCGGCUUAAUGAAUGGUCAUCAUCUUAAUAGUAAUAUUAAUCAUAUCAAUAAUAUGCCCACAAUGAUUACUAGGAUAUCAUUCGAACCUGAACAUUGGCGUAUAACUGGAGCUGAUUGUACAGCAGGCUUAGGAAUAGAUGCUCGGGGCUUAGAUGUUGCAUCUACACGUGGAGCUGGAUGGCAAGGUUGUAGAGCUAAUAAAGGUGUAAAAGCUCCAGGUGCAUACUACUACGAAGCGGCUUGUUUAGAGGAAGGACUUAUACGUGUUGGUUGGUCAACUAAUGAUGCCAAUUUAGAACUUGGUGCAGAUAAUUAUGGUUUCGGAUAUGGAUCCGAUGCUGUAGGUUCUGCUGGUAUGAAUGGCACUGGACGUGUAAUGCAUCGGAAUACUGGUCAUGAUUAUGGAGUAAUGGUUCAUCAGGGUGAUGUAAUUGGUUGCCUGUUAGAUUUAGACAAAGGAUCAAUUUCUUGGUCAUGUAAUGGAAAAAUAUUUCAACGUGCAUUCACUAUACCUGACCAAUUAAGAGGAGAAGCUUUCUUACCAGCGGCUAGUUUAAAAGAUUCACGUAUCCUAUUUAAUUUCGGUGAAGAACAACCGUUAGAGUUCCCACCAGACGGUCCAUUUAUUCCUGUUGCUCAAUCUGCUGAUGAUAGUCAAGUAUCUAAUCGAAAUCCUGGUUGGCGCAUGAAUCAGUACGAUGCAACGAAUGCCUUAGAUGUUGCACCCGACGGUAGUCAAGUUCAGUCACAUUUUAAUCAAGGUUGGCAAGGUUGUCGAUCGAAUCAUGGUAUUCGUGGUCUUGGACGCUUCUACUUUGAAGUAACUCCUAUUGAAUCUACUGGACUAUGGCGAGUCGGUUGGUCAACAGAUGAUGGAAAUUUAAUUGUUGGCACAGAUCAAUAUGGUUUCGGUUAUGGUGCAGAUAAUGAAGGUUUCGGUUUGAAUGGACAACAAGGCAAACGUAUACAUUGUGAUGAGAUUGAAAAUUAUGGUGAAGCAUUCUCUAAAGAUGAUGUGAUCGGCUGCUUUUUGGAUACGAUUGAACACACUAUUAAAUGGUCGAAAAAUGGUUUGGAAUUUGGUGAAGCUUAUCGAAUUCCAUCUGAAUUGUUACAUUCUAAAAAUUUGACAGCAUUAUAUCCGACUGUGUCCUUGUUGAAUUCUACCGUGGAAUUGAACUUUGGCGACAAACCAUUUAAAUAUUAUCCCGGGCCUGAUUGGACACCUGUCUGUUGUGCUCCUCCUGAAUGUACAAAACGUUCUAGACGUAAAGGUCCUGAACGGAAGGUGAAAGGGUGGUCAUAUAUUGAUCCGACUAUUUUAGAACCAUCAAUUCGACAAACAAUGCAGUCGAUUGAAAGAAGUGAACCACAAAUUGAAACAGAAACAUUUCAUGAUGAAAAUGGUAAAAUGAUCAAACGUACUGUUAAACGUUCUGAAGUGACUACUACAAAAACAGUUAGUGAACGUAUUAUUGCAAAUACUGCGGGUCAAAUUGUUCAUACUAAUGGACAUUCUAUAUCUAGUAAUGAUUUUGAUGAAGAUUUAAAUAUGGCGUUGUUAACCGUCACUAAAUUGGAUCCAGAUAUUUCAGUAUUAAAUAAUCCUGUUGGACAGGUGGAGAUUAGAAGCAAAUCAGAAAGUGUUCUUUAAAAACAUAGAAAUAGUUGUAUUCUUGUUACACACAAAAGCAAAGGAACAAAGUUUUGGCUUUUAUAUAACUUUAGUAAAUUCUAUUCAUAAAGAAGAAAAUGGAAAAAUGCGACGUAGGAAGUAAUACAUAAGAGGGAACAAGUGUCGAUGAUCAGGCAUAUAUAUAUAUAUAUAUAUAGUAUUCAGUAACUGCUUUUCGUUUAUAUAUAUGAUACAGCUAUCUACUCACAUUUAUUCAUUCUUCGAUCAAUCAAUUCAUUCAUUGAUUCAUCUAAUUAUUGAAUAACGAUUCUAUUCCCAAAUGUCUGUUGAUCCCAUUCAUUAUCUAACUUACUUUCGCCUCAAUUAAAUCGUAUUGUUGUUGUUUAUUACGUAAUUCAGGCUUUUCUUUUCCCUCAGUUGGUAAAAUUAUUUUUCGGUUUACUACUACCACAACUAUAUUUCUUAUUGACUUUUCGUUUGCAUAUAUCUUAUUCGAUGAUACUUUCUUUUUUAUGUAUUCUUGAUUAUUUUUCUUUUCUUUUAGUGUGUCAGUGUUUCUGUUGUAUUCACAUAUCUUCAUGAUUGUUGCCAUGAGGAAGUAUUAUAUUAUUGUGCAUUUUACAUGUAAAUGCGUUGAUGUACGUGGGUGUGUGCUUGUUUGUAAAAAGUGUGACACCGCAUAACUUAUUUACUAAUAAGCAUACAUACGUAUACACAAGGAUUUACGUAUUAAAUACACAAUGAUAUAAUACUUCCUCCUAGUGUAUUAGGGAUACCAAUUGUGAUAGUAGUAACAAUAAUGAAGAUAUAUGAAGACAACAGAAACACUGACACACUAAAAGAAAAGAAAAAUAAUCAAGAAUACAUAAAAAAGAAAGUAUCAUCGAAUAAGAUAUAUGCAAACGAAAAGUCAAUAAGAAAUAUAGUUGUGGUAGUAGUAAACCGAAAAAUAAUUUUACCAACUGAGGGAAAAGAAAAGCCUGAAUUACGUAAUAAACAACAACAAUACGAUUUAAUUGAGGCGAAAGUAAGUUAGAUAAUGAAUGGGAUCAACAGACAUUUGGGAAUAGAAUCGUUAUUCAAUAAUUAGAUGAAUCAAUGAAUGAAUUGAUUGAUCGAAGAAUGAAUAAAUGUGAGUAGAUAGCUGUAUCAUAUAUAUAAACGAAAAGCAGUUACUGAAUACUAUAUAUAUAUAUAUAUGCCUGAUCAUCGACACUUGUUCCCUCUUAUGUAUUACUUCCUACGUCGCAUUUUUCCAUUUUCUUCUUUAUGAAUAGAAUUUACUAAAGUUAUAUAAAAGCCAAAACUUUGUUCCUUUGCUUUUGUGUAACAAGAAUACGAUUUCAUACUGAACCGGUGUUUAUAUGUAUUUUUCAUGGAAUAUUUCAAUUGUUCAAUACACUCCUUCUUCAUAUACUUUUAUGGAUGAAUCAAUGAAUAAGUAAAACAAUUUCUGUUUUUUAUUCAUAAUUAAUAAUACGGGGAAAUACAAUACCAUAUUGUUGUCUUCAACGAAAAGAAUACAAUCCAACAUAUUCAAGUAGUCAAAUCGUAAUUAUUAUUUAUAUAAUGAUGCUGAUUUAUGAAUAUGAAACGUAUUUAUUUACUGUUGAUUGACCUGACUAUUAUUAUUACUAUUGUUAUUAUUAUUACUACUCAUGAACUACUUAAAACCAAUCAUUUUCCAUCGUACUUUGAUUAAAUGGUUAGUUGUUAUAUUAUAUAUAUAUAUAUAUACUUACUUACUUACUUACUUA